AUGUCGACGUCAAAUUGCCGUUUCUACGAGAACAAAUACCCCGAGGUGGACGAUGUGGUGAUGGUCAACGUGCAGCAGAUCGCUGAGAUGGGUGCGUAUGUCAAACUGCUGGAAUACGACAACAUUGAAGGUAUGGUGCUGCUGAGCGAGCUUUCCAGAAGACGUAUCAGAUCGAUUCAGAAACUGAUCCGUGUGGGCAGAAACGAAGUGGUGGUCGUUCUGCGUGUGGACAAAGAGAAGGGCUACAUCGAUUUGUCCAAACGUCGUGUUUCGUCCGAGGACAUCAUCAAGUGCGAAGAGCGUUACCAGAAGUCCAAGGCCGUGCACUCCAUUGUCAGACACUGCGCGGAGAAGUUCAAUUUCCCCUUGGAACAGUUGUACCAGACCGUGGCGUGGCCUUUGAGUCGAAAGUACGGCCACGCGUACGACGCUUUCAAGCUCUCGAUCGUCGACGACACCGUGUUCGAGGGACUUGAGGCUCCCAGCCCGGAGAUCUUCCAGGAGCUACGUCUGUACAUCUCGCGCAGACUGACCCCACAGGCCGUGAAGAUCCGUGCCGACAUCGAGGUGUCGUGCUUCAGCUACGAGGGUAUCGACGCCAUCAAGGCCGCGCUCCGCGCGGCCGAGGACUUGUCCACGGAACAGAUGCAGAUUCGCGUCAAGCUGGUCGCUGCUCCGCUGUACGUGCUGACCACGCAGGCGCUAGAGAAGCAGCAGGGUAUCGAGCUGCUCGAGCGUGCGAUUGCCAAGAUUUCCGAGGUCAUUUCCACCAACGACGGUUUCUGCAACACCACCAUGGCCCCCAAGGCCGUCACCGCGACCGAGGACGCCGAGUUGCAGGCCCUAUUGGAGAACAAGGCUCUUGAGGACAACUCCGACUCCGAGGACGACGACUCCGACCGCGAGUAG